AUUGGGAAAAUAAGGGAGAAAAUCAUUGCCAGAAGGUGGCAGGUUCAUUUACUAGUAAAUGGGAAAAACAAACAUUAACACGCCUCCCAACCUCUUACUAUAAUAAAAUCUGGGGAAAAGCCAAAAAUAAUAUGGGAGAAAGGCCUAAAAUAGACAGAAAGUUGCUAAAAUAACAGGACUUAUAUUGAUGUGCAUUUUCUGAAGGAUAUGAAGUUAGAACUUCAAAUGCAGGUCAUUAUUUAAUGACUUUAUUCCUGGGUGAUAUGCAGAAAGCCAUAAAUUUUAUAAGGAACAGAUCAAACAUAUGGACAAUUGAGAGGUAUGAACAUUAACUAUUCUAAUAACCCUAAACACAAAUAUUACAAGAGUGUAUAAUAAACUGCAAAAUAGCAGAAUAUUUUCAAUUUGAAUCCUUAUCAGCCUUGCUAGUUCUUGUAAGCAAAUAGUGUACAAAAUUCAUUGGCCUGCUAAUUACAUAAGAAGCCACUGCAUAACCACCUAACAAAGCAUAACCAAAUACUGAAUUGCAGACCACCUAAGUUCCCAUUUAAUUUGCUUUCCUUGCAGUUAUUGGACUGCACUUGCAGAAAAUGUUUUGUCACCCAAUGCAGCAAGUUUUUGAAGUGUAAUCAUCUGCUUGAAAACUAAUACAUGCACUACAAUAUGCCUGUAGUAUGUGGGUCAAACAGUUACAGCAGUCCUCUAAGACACACAGCCAAACACAAAACGACAUAAUCUACAAUGUAAACGCAAUGAAUCUUAACAUGUGUUGCGAAGAGCGAACACUUUAAAAAAACGCACCCAACCCCAAACACACCCAAGAGUUCAAACGAAAUGAGGUUGCCAGGCUUGGAAGCGAAGUCCUGAAGUAACCAAUUAAACACAAAUCAGCAGCUUCAACGAUUCACCCAAGCACUGCUAACAUCAGUGUCCCACCUGCAAGUCAAGGAGAAAGAAAAUCUAAGGGAGAAGCUUCUCUUUUCAACCGGACAGCAACAUAUGGGGCACUGCCAAGCUUCGAGCACCUUUCAACACCUCUUCACACAGCAGCAGCAUCCAGAUUAAAAGGUGCACUUCGUAGCUGUAACUACCACUGCCCGUGUCCAAGCCAAAUCCACACAACCCCAAAACAAACAGUACCCUCUUAUCUUGCUACUAUCUACACAUCCGUCAAUGUUCAGGGGAUACAGCGAUGUCUGCCAGACCCUGCAGCGCUCAUUGGUUACAUGAUCCCGGAAGUGGAUACUUCACUUUCCCCUAGCCUGUCAUCGGGAAGUUUUUUUUUUCUUUCCUCAGGAAGACAUACUCCUAAUACUUCCAUUCAGUCAUAGCUGAAAACUGGAAGCUAAGGCACGCGCUGCCAGUCGGCUAUUGCUGCUACUGCUGAAAAGCUUGUGCGAAGGAUCCAACGAAUGUCGCAAACAAAGUAACUGUUGCACCGGUAUCCUAGCAGCGGCUUCUUUUGGUAUAAGCAAAGGAUGGAUUGGUGUUUACAUGUGGUUUGGUUAUCGCAACUAUUAAUACAUCUCAGCUGUGAACUUAGUGUUAUACUUUGAGUAACUGUGAUUGCUGUUAUACUUUGAGUAACUUGAUUGGUGUUUAAGAAGAGCCUUAGUGUUUCACUAUGCCACCAACAAGUAAUCUGGACUGGGAUCACAUGAUGAAGGUUGACCCAGAUGCCCUGCUGAGUCAAGAGAAACUGGCUGAUGAGUUGCUGGACACCUUGUCAAAGGUUGAUGGGAAGCAUCUAAGAGUGGACGAUCCAAAAAAACUCAUGCAUCUCUUCAGAAUAACUCAGUCUUUAAUGAAGAUGAAAGCCCAGGAAGCAGAGCUGGCUCUGGAGGAAGUAGAGAAGGCAGGGGAAGAACAAGCCAAAACAGAAAGUCAUCUUAAAGCCAAAGUGAUGAAAUUAGAAAAUGAGCUUGAGAAGGCACGACUUUCAACAGGUGGGCGCGACACUCGUUUUCUACGAGAUGAGAUUCGGCAGUUGGAAAAUCAGUUAGAGCAGAAAGAGCGAGAAAUGGCCGAUAUUGAAAAGGAAUUGGAGAAGGAAAAGAAGGUUAAUGAACAGCUUGCUCUUAAAACUGAAGAGGCUGAGAAUGCAAACAGCAAGCUAAGAAGAGAGAAUGAACAGCUUCGCCAGGAUAUUAUUGAUUAUCAGAAGCAAAUAGAUUCUCAGAGAGAGACACUUCUGUUACGAAGAGGUGAUGAUUCUGAAUACAGAACUCAGCUUUCCAAGAAAAAUCUAGAACUUGUACAGUAUCUGGAUGAAAAUCAGGUAUUGACAGAAGCAAAUGAAAAACUGGAGGUGGAAAAUGCUGAAAUGAGAAAGAACUUGGAGGAGUCGGUUCUUGAGAUGGAGAAAAUGACAGAUGAGUAUAACAAAAUGAAAUUGGUUGUUCAACAGACUGACCUAAUCAUGGAUCAAUCAAGAAAGGAAAAAGAUCAUCUCAUGCUACAAGUAGAAGAACUGACCCGACAGCUUCAAGCUAGGAAUGAUGAAGAUGAUCCAGUUAUGAUGGCCGUCAAUGCUAAAGUUGAGGAGUGGAAGGCCGUGUUGUUAGCGAAAGAUGAUGAACUCCUUGAGUAUCAACAAAUGUUGCGGGACCUUCAAGAAAAGUUAAGACUUGCACAUCUGGACUCUGACAAGAAUAAUGUCAUGGCACUGCGACAGGCAAUUCAGGAAAGAGACAGCCAAAUCAAGAUAUUUACAGAGCAGUUGGAACAGUACACUGCAGAAAUGGAAAAAAAUGCCCUCAUUGUUGAGGAGUUGAAAAAACAACUUCAGAAAGAUUCAGGUCUUCCCUCCUUUACCCAGCAAAAGAUUGGGGAUCUUCAGUCCAAAUUAAAUCUGUCAGAACAAAGAGCUGCUGAAUGUGAGAGGAUAGCAGAAAUGGCUGAGGCUGAUGCAAGACAGAAGGAUAAAGAACUAAGUGAAGCUCUCAAACGAUUAAGGGAAUAUGAAUCUGGAAUAUAUGGACUGGAAGAUGCUGUUGCAGAAAUCAGAGAAUAUAAAAACAAAAUCAAAAUUCGAGACUGUGAAACUGAGACAAUGAAUAAAGAAAUCAACAAACUUGAACUUAAAAUCAAUGACUUGCUUGACGAAAAUGAAGAUCUUCGAGAGAGAUUAGGUCUUGAUCCCAGAUCUAUGGCUGAUAUAACUGUUUUCAAGCAAAAUAAAGCUCUGAAGCAGCAGCAGUAUUAUGCUGAGAAUCAGGUUCUUCUAAAAGAGAUUGAACGCCUGGAAGAAGAAAGAAUUGAUUUAAAAAGACAUAUUCGAAAGCUAGCCCAAGAAAAAGGGAAAAGGGCAGCUUCUUUAGGAUUAACAGCAGAUGACUUGCAGAUUAAUGAUAGUACAACUGAAGUGACAGAAAAGAAGAUAAGAUAUAGUAUGAGCUCUGGAAAUCUUGACACAAUUAAAGAUCAGAAUCAAUUACUAUCUAAAGAGUUAAAUGAGAAAGACAGAGAAUUAGAACUGAAGAAGACAGAAGUAGCUCAGCUGAGAGCUAAAUUAAAGAUAUUUGAAGGGGAAAAUAAACAACUUGAACAAGGGAUGAAAGAAAUCUUACAAGCGGUCAAAGAUGCACAGAAGGAUUCUGGUAUAAAAGGAGUAGAAACGGUACUAAAAAUACACAGUUUGGAGCGUUUAGUUAAUGCUAUUGAGAUGAAGAAUACUGAUGGGAAUUUUGAUGCCACUUUGCAUUUGAAAGCCCAUGUUGAUCAACUUACUGGAAGAAAUGAAGAACUAAGACAAGAGCUCAGAAAUUCUCGAAAAGAAGCAAUAGAUUUAUCAAACCAGUUGGAGAAAGCUAAUGAAAAGAUUUCACAUCUUGAGACUGAUCUCCAGUUAUUACGUAAGCAAGGUGGAAGUAAUCUGGUGUUCAGACCCUUGAAUCUGCCUGAUGGUAUGGCACCCUCCAGUGUUGAUAUAAUUAACUCCCUCAACGAAUAUGCUGUGCAGCUUCUGCAGGAAAUAGAAAACAAGGAGCAGUUGGUCAAGAAGCUCGAAGAUACAUUGGAAGAAUUUAAAAGAAAAUUUGCAGUUAUUCGACAUCAGCAAGGACUGUUGUACAAAGAGUACCAGAGUGAGAGGGAUUCCUGGCAAAAAGAAACUGAGAAAGUCCAAGAAGAAAAUAAAAAGUUUGAAGAUCAGAAAGAACUUGAUGCUGUGAAAAUUACAGAAUAUAAUCAAUUGUUAGACACAUUACAGCUGGACCCUGAUGAAAUUAAAAAGCAACUUGCAGAAAGCUUCAGAAAAAUGACUGUCCUGCGAGUCAAUGAAAAGUCACUAACGAGGCGUUUUACUACUGUUCUGGAGAUGGAGCAACAUCUUAGGAAAGAAAAUACCAAACUGAAGAAUGAAAUGAUCUCUAUGGAAGUUGCAGUUGGAGAAAGAAUUGGGUAUCUGCAGAGGUAUAAGGACAUGGCGGCUUUUAAAAUAGCAGCAUUACAGAAAUCGUUGGAUGACAGUGUGCCUUCAUCAGAGCUGGAACAAGCUAAUAAACAGUACAAUGAGCUGACUGCCAAAUACAGAGACCUUCUUCAAAAAGACAAUAUGCUUGUCCAAAGAGCCACUCACUUAGAACAUCUGGAGAGGGAGAAUACAUCACUUCAUGAUCAGAUCAACGUCUUAAACAAAGAAAUGGAAAUCACCAAGGAGAAACUGCACACAUUAGAGCAAGCUUGGGAGCAGCUCGCUAACUUAGGUGGUGAAAGUGCUAUGGAUAAGGCUACAAAAGCAGUAACCAACAGCGAAAUAAUGUCCAUUUCUAAGAAGAUAACAAUGCUAGAAAUGAAAGAGUUGAAUGAACGACAGAGGGCUGAACAUGCACAUAAAAUGUAUGAACAUUUGAGGACUACACUAACACAAGUUGAAGAACGUAACUUUGAAUUGGAAGCAAAGUUUUCAGAGCUGAGUAAAAUGAAUUUGGAGGCACAAAAGGUUGAAAAUGAAUUAAGAGAUGAACUAGCAAACAGUGUUAGUAAAACUGUGAGUGAUGCUGACAGAAAACGAAUAAUAAUGCUAGAGAAAAAUGAGGCAGAACUGAAGGCUGAAGUUUCCAAAUUAAAAGACAUUUCUGAUGUUGCUAAAAUGCAAGUGACUGCAUUAGAGGCACGACAGCAAUCGAGAGAGAAGGAAGUAGAGUCCCUCCGACAGCAGGUGUUAGAUUAUCAGGUUAAUUCAGAUGAAAAAGCUCUUAUAGCAAAACUCCACCAACAUAUUGUAGCCCUCCAGAUAAGUGAAGCAAGUGCAGUAGCAAAACUGGAGGCUGUAACUGCAAAGCUACAGAAGCUGGAAUCCUUUAACCUUCGCCUAGAACAAAAACUAGAUGAUAAAGAACAAGCACUCUACUAUGCUAGACUGGAAGGGAGAAACCGGGCCAAACAUUUAAGUCAGGCUCUGCAGUCUCUGCGAAGACAGUUCAGUGGUGCAUUGCCCCUGGCACAGCAGGAAAAAUUCUCAAAGACUAUGGUCCAGUUACAGAACGAUAAGUUAAAGAUCUUGCAAGAACUACAGCAGGCUCAGCAAGAAAGACGAAGUUUUGAGGACAAAGCAGCCUUGCUAGAAAUAAAAUUAAAAGGUUUAGAGGAGCUUAUUAACACAUUAAAGGAUGCCAGAGGAGCUCAAAAGGUGAAUGAAUGGCACAAGAAAAUGGAAGAACUCCGUCUCCAAGAUCUUAAGCUAAACCGAGAAAUUAAUAGGCAAAAGGAAGAAAUACGGUAUUUAAGCAAUAUAAUUGCUGAACAUGAACGCACAAUAAGCAACUUAGAAGACAAGUUAGUACAACAGAACCAGUUCUAUGAAGAACAGCAGCUGGCAUGGGAUCAAAGACAAGUCCAGCUGGAACGUCAGCUUGACAUGUAUGAACAUCAGCAUAAUGAAGUGCUUAGCACAGCACAGAAGUUUGAGGAGGCAACAGGUGCUAUUCCAGACCCAAGCUUGCCUGUUCCACAACAAUUAGAGAUAGCACUAAGAAAAAUUAAAGAACAUAUCUGCACCAUUCUGGAAACACAGGCAGCCUGCAAGACAUUAGAAGAGAAAUUGAAAGAGAAGGAAGCAACCCUGUGGAAGGCAGAACAAAAUGUACUGUCAAGGGAUAAAGUUAUAAAUGAACUGCGGCUUAGGUUGCCUGCUACAGCUGAGCGUGAAAAACUUCUUGCUGAUUUAGGAAAGAAUGAAGCUGACCCUGAAUUACAGAAAGCAAUGAAAAUUGCCCACCAGACAAUUGAAAACAUGCAGGCAAGGCUGAACCAGAAAGAAGAAAUCUUGAAAAAAUACCAGCAGCUUCUAGUACAAGCAAGAGAGGAACGUGAAGAAAUCACAAAGAAAUAUGAAGAUGAACUUCAGAUUUUACAUCGUAAAUUGGAUUUGCAUGCAGAAUCGUCUCUGAAUAAAUUUAAGCAGACAGCACUGGAGUUGAUGAAGAAGCCAGCUGUACCAGUUGCUACCGCUAAGCACUUGGCCCGCUUAGUUGAGCUGGAGCAAAUAGUGGCUGAACAGGAUAACUCUCUCAGUGUGUUUACAGAUAAACUGAAGAAAUCUAAUCUUGAGUUGGAGAAGCAAAAACAAAUAACUGUACAGAAAAUCAAAGAACAUGAAAACAAAAUAGCAGUACGUGAGACAAAACAUGCAGCAGAGGUGAAGGAAUUAAGAAAUGAAAUAGAUGAUUUGAAAUCCUUACAAUCUCAAAUGGAAAAAGAAUCUCAAUACCUAAAGACAGAACUGGAAACACAAAAGGAAGCCAACACAAGGGCACCGACAACAGCUAUGAAGAACUUAGUAGAGCGACUCAAAAACCAGUUGACGUUGAAGGAAACACAGCAAAAAGCCCUUAGCAAAGCCCUUUUAAGACUUCGAGAAGAAAUGACAUUGCAUGCUGAACAACAAAUCAUUGCAGCAGCUGCUCAGAAGGAGGAGAAUCUGAAUGUGCAGCAGAUUGUUGAUAAACAAACAAAAGAGCUAAAGGCUCGAGUUGAUGACUUAGCAGAACAGCUAGUAGCCGCUAAAGAGAAUCUAAAAGCAAUCAAAACCAGAGAGAGUUCAGCAACCACUGAGACAGAGGCAUUAAAACAAGAUAUUCAGAAAAAGCAAAAAAUUAUCAGCAAGUUAGAGACAGAAAAAGAAGAAACUGAAAAAGAAAUUGAAGAUCUCAGAAAACGAAGUAGAAGACUUAUGGAGAGCUUGAAGGGCAAAUCUGACACACAAAGCAAAACUCUUGUGGCUGAACUUCAGAAGAAGAUUAAAAAGCUUGAGACUGAACUAGAAAAGAAGACUGAGCAUGUGGAAAGAAAACCUGCAAAAGAGGACAGAACAUUGAAUGAAGAAGUAGUGCGGUGGGAAGAAGGAAAAAAAUGGCAGGCACGAAUUGAAGCAGUGAAAAGUAAAGUCAAAGAAAAAGAGAAAGAAGUUGAAACUUUGACAAAACAGCUUGGUACUUUAAAAGACCUCUAUACCAAAGUAGAUCAGGAAAAAUCUGCAUUACAGAAGAAGAUCAAGGCACGUGGCAUCACAGUGGAUCAGGUAGUGGGAACUCGAACUGCCGAGUCUGAAAGAGAACUGAAUGAACUGAAAAAACGAAAUAUGGAGUUGGAAGAUCAGAUAAUAGAACUGAAAACUCAACAGGCUUUACCGCGUGAUUCUGCACUGGAAGACUUACAGCUGAAAAAUCGCUAUCUUCAGGAAAAGCUCCAGGUCUUAGAGAGAGAGCUAUUGAAAGAUAUCCCUUCCAGGCCAUCAACAUCUGGUAUUGGCUCUGACUCCCAGACUGAGAAGGAGCAAGAGCUACACAAAGAAAAUCUAAGGUUGUCAUCAGAAAAUAUUGAACUCCGCUUCCAGCUGGAACAGUCUAUUAAAGACCUGCCAAGGUUAAAGGAUCAAGUUGCUGAUUUAAAGGAGAUGUGUGAACUCUUGAAAAGAGAGAAAGCAGAGCUGGAGAGAAAACUUGGAAAUGUUAGGGGGGCUGGGAGAAGUGGAAAGACAAUUCCUGAGUUGGAAAAGACCAUUGGACUAAUGAAAAAGGUAGUAGAGAAGGUUCAGCGGGAAAAUGAGGAACUGAAGAAAGCACCAGGAGUGGUUGCCAGCAAGAAUUUGGAGGCUCUUGAGCAAGAAAAUGAAAAGCUUAAGUCUGAACUGGAAAAACUCCAGCUGCAAAUUGGAGGACAGUUGAGCAUGCGGUACGAGUCUAAAACAAAAGGUGUAGAAAAGAUAAUCACCGAGAAUGAGAGACUCCGCAAGGAACUUAAAAAGGAAACUGAAAUUUCUGAGAAGCUCCGAAUAGCAAAGAAUAAUCUGGAGAUAACAAAUGAAAAGCUUACCGUGCAGGUGGAUGAACUUACUAAAAGAUUAAGCUUUGCAGAAAGCAGAGGUCCACAGCUUGAAGGUGCAGACAGCAAAAGCUGGAAGUCCAUUGUUGUAACAAGGAUGUAUGAGAGCAAACUGAAAGAACUGGAGACAGACAUCGGUAAAAAAAGCCAAACCAUUUCUGACUUGAAGCAACUCCUGAGGGAAGCUACAGAGCGAGAGCAGAAACUGAACCUGCAUGUAAAUGAUCUGAAUGAACAAAUUGAAUUACUUAAACACUUCCCUGAAGAUGCUAAAACAGAACCAGGUCUCAACAGAGAGCUUCAGCUUAUCAGGCUCACUAAUGAUCGGCUAGAGAAGGAAAAGACAGAGCUAAUUCACCAGCUUGAAGUUUAUAGGCAGCAAGACGGUGUUGCAGGUGGGAGUAGUGGACUGGCUGGAUAUGAUGGGCUGCUGGAAAAAGGCAGAAAACAUGACCAGCUUAUGGCAGAUGUUGUGGAUCUGCAAACACAGCUGAAAACAACGGAGAUCGAGAAACAGCAUCUGCAGGAGGAAGUCAAAAAGUUGAAAAAAGAACUGGACAACUUUGACCCUUCAUUUUUUGAAGAAAUUGAAGAUUUGAAAUAUAAUUAUAACCAAGAAGUAAAGAAGAAUAUUUUGUUGGAAGAAAGACUGAAGAAACUUGCAGACCAGUUUGGGGUGCAAGCAGAUAUUCCGGCCAAUGUUUCUUUGUAACCUAACAUUUAGACUUUUACACUUGCUUUCUAACUUUGUGUAUUUUAAUUUACCAAUAUGAACAUUUUGCCAAGUAUAUAUAAAUAUGUCUGUAACUUAAAAUUGGCCACUGUUAAGGACUGGAUUGGUUUGUUUUUUUUUAAAACAUACUUUUUCGUUGCAUUAUACAUUUCACAGAUAUGAGAUGUAUCCUGAAUUGUUGAUAGUUUUGUAUUAGUUGUGCAGUUUAUGAGUAAAACCCGGUGUGAAAUGCAGAGGUCCACAGCAGAAGCAGAGCACAUGACAAUAUACUUAAGACAGGUGAUACAAAAGAUUUUUUCGAGUUACCACCAAGUUUCCUUCCUCACAGUUAUGCUGUUACAGAUUACACCAGCUGUUGUGAUCUAUGACAUCUAUUCCCUGAUGUGGGGCUUUUUUUUGCAGUACCUCUGAUCUGUAAAUAUACUACCUCUGAGGUCAUAUCUGCUUUGAGAAAAUGGAAAUGCAGUUAAUCUGUUUUCCCCAAUGUUGAUGCAAUGUGAGAAAUAAGUAUAUCUAAUGUUCAGGUGUGGGGAGUGCGGCAGUUCCCCACUAAAACACUUUUUAAUUUGACUGCUUUUAUCUGUUUUCCAUGGCAGUCAAAUGAGGUAGUGGGACAUUGUGACUAGUGACUUGUGCUCCAUGGAGCUUGUCAGUGGUAAGUUAGAAAAGAGCUAAUAAGUUAGAUGCAAACUAGAUAAGUAAAAAAUAUCGGAUACUGCUGUUGAACCAAAGAAAAAAACACCAAUUGCAGUAAAUACGUAGAAAAUAUGCGGUUAUGUGUUUUGUACGUGUAUUCGUGAUGGAAUAAAUUCUUUUCACCUUCAUUCAAGUGGAGUCUAGCGGCAUAUUUUCUACGUAUUUACUGCAAUUGGUGUUUUUUUCUUUAGAUGUAAACUAGAAUUGUACAACUGUAUUUUGUAAAACAGAUUUUCUAUUUUAGAUAAGAGCAUAUUCAAAUAAAUUAUUUUGUCUUA